UCUCGUUUAUUACGUGACAUUUUGGUGAUCCUGCCAGGAUCAGCACAACUUCGGUCAAACGAAACUACGAGAGUUUGGACUACGGUCAGCAUCGAAGCAUUACUGAUUCAACGAACCAAAACCACUGAAGGAUUUCAAGAUCUAUCGCAACGAAGAUCUACGCUACGGCAAAAUCCACAAAUAAAAGCAAGUUUCUCAAGUGACAAUUCAGACGAUCAAGACUCAAUUAGUAUAAUAACAAUCAUGAGUAAAAACGAUAAUAUUAGUACUGCAACUACGAGCACAGACUCACAAACGCGAGCCAUUCUCGAUACAACACAAAGACAGAACGAAAACCACGAACGACAAAUGACCGAGAUACGCUGCGCACUACAACUCUCCAACAAAGAAAAUAAAAAAAGAGCUAGGGAAAUAGAAAUGCUCAGUAAAACAAUAGCUAGUAUUCAUAUAGGAGAAGGAACACCCUUAACAGACGAUUUUGCUUCAAUAAUGACGAACGAUGAACGAAACAGAACUGUACGACCAAUACACGACCACAUAGGAGUAGAAGAUUUCAUAAAAGAAGUUAGAAUACUUAGGAGUGUGUGGACGAAACCGAAUACUACUACUAAAGGCCAUAAAAGUAGAAAAAAUAAUAGGAAAAGCAGCUCAGAGCAUACGAAACAUUACAAUCGACAAUUACGCAGACUUCUACGACGCAUUACGCACCAACGUUGCAUAACACCAAAAGCCUACAGAAACUUUAACGUACGGUUCAGACGCAUCCUGAAUAAACUUGCAUAUGCUAUAACCAACGAAUAUCCGCAACCAAUCACAAGACGCGUAAUGAUGGAAGCCACUAUGAAACGCGUGACCAAAAUCUACAUCAACGGACUAAAAGCGAAAUUAGCCAUAUGA